AUGAAUUUUCUUAAUAAAUGUUUUAUAUUUUUCCUUUUUAUUAAGUUUUUGAAAUCUAUUAAAUUAUCGUUUAUUUCAAGUAAUACUAAGUUAAUUCCGCACAAAUGUGUAAGUAAAAAUGAUGCUAUAAACUUAUUAAAUGACAAAAAGGAAAACUCUUAUUAUUGUGGAGAAAAUAAAGUGGCUCUAAUAACAGGUGCAGGAAGAGGGAUAGGAAGAAGUAUAGCAAAGACUUUAGCCAAAUCAGUUUCUCAUGUUUUGUGUAUAAGCAGAACACAAAAAUCAUGUGAUAGUGUUGUUGACGAAUUAAAAUCAUUAGGAUAUAAAUCUGCCGGUUAUGCAGCUGAUGUAUCUAAUAAAGAAGAAAUUACAGAUUUAGUAAAUAAAUUAUUAAUGGACAACAAAAAAAUAGAUAUAUUAGUUAAUAAUGCUGGUAUAACAAGGGAUAACUUAUUUAUGAGGAUGAAAAAUGAUGAAUGGGAAGAUGUCAUAAAAACAAAUUUGAAUUCUUUAUUUUAUGUAACUCAACCAAUAUCAAAAAGAAUGAUUUCUAACAGAUAUGGAAGAAUUAUUAAUAUAUCUAGCAUUGUGGGAUUAACUGGAAACUUUGGACAAGCCAAUUAUUCUGCCUCUAAAGCAGGUGUAAUUGGUUUUACAAAAACAUUAGCUAAAGAACUAGCAUCCAGAAAUAUAACAGUUAAUGCAAUAGCACCAGGAUUUAUAUCAAGUGACAUGACUGAUAAAAUUAAUGAUCAAAUAAAGAAAGACAUAAUUUCAAAUAUCCCAGCUGGACGAAUGGGAACCCCAGAAGAGGUAGCUAAUAUGGUAGGUUAUUUAGCUUCUGAAAUAGCUGGAUAUAUUAACGGAAGAGUUUUCGUUAUUGAUGGUGGAUUAGCUCCUUAA